AUGUCAGCAAAAACAUUGGUAACAAUUGCCAGUUUUGGCAGCGGAUUGGCUGUAAUUGCCUGUAUCUUUACAGUUGGAUAUAUUUUUAAUGACAUUAAUAAUUUCUAUGAUGAAACUAUGGAUACUCUUGAUGAGUUUAAGGUUGGUGUUUUUAAUAUUGAAAUUUUUUUCCACGUAUUUUCCUAUAAAAAAUAUUUUUCAGAUGAAUGAAAAGGGAGCUUGGCAUGGAAUGGUUCAAAAAACAAGAGUCUCAUCUGAUAUUUUGUUCGGGCGUGCUAAGAGACAAGCUUCUCAAUGUAACUGUGGAGCUCGUGCUAGUGGCUGCCCAGCUGGGCCACCAGGACCACCCGGACAACCAGGAGAUCGUGGAGAUGACGGGCAUCCAGGAGAGCCAGGUAAACCAGGAGUCGAUGGAAUCGCAAUCGCAGUCUCGACCGGUGAUAGCGCUUGCAUUCAAUGCCCAGCUGGAGAGCCAGGACCAGCCGGACAACCAGGUUCACCGGGACCAGCUGGACCGGGCGGGCAACCAGGAGCACCAGGAAACGGAGGAUCACCAGGGCCAGCUGGGCCACCAGGACCUUCAGGAGAUGCUGGACAACCAGGAGCACCGGGAGCACCGGGACAACCAGGACAAAAGGGACAAGAUGGACAAAGAUCUACUGGACUUCCAGGACCAGCAGGGCCAGCCGGACCAGCUGGACCAGCAGGAGCUGAUGGACAACCUGGAAAUGCUGGAGGACCUGGAGAACAAGGACCAGCUGGACCAGCUGGAGCUGAUGGACAACCAGGAUCUGCUGGACAACCAGGAACACCAGGGCCAGACGGUCAACCAGGACAACCUGGAUCUGACGCCGCUUAUUGUCCAUGCCCAGCCAGAUCGGCUGUUGUUCAACGCAAACUCUCGCACAGAAGAGUUUCAAAAGUUGUUGUCUAA